ACGGACAUCCAGGUGGUGGACACCAUCAAGGACAUAGAGCCCAGCCUGAAGAGGCAGCUGCUGGUCUCCUCCGUGCUGAUGACGCCGACCAUCCUAGUCGUCUCCUACUUGUGCCUUCCCGCGCAAUUCAGCAUCGUCGUGGCGGGGCACGGGGACAAGGUUGUCAAGAACUGGUACAGCCCUGUGCGCGAUGUGGCGGACGCUUGUCGGACGGGGGCGGCGACCAACAUCAUCUUCGGUCUGGCUCUGGGGUACAAGUCCGUGAUCAUCCCCGUGCUCGCCAUAGCUGGGGCCGUCUACCUCUCCUACACCCUCGCCGCCAUGUACGGCAUCGCCUGCGCUGCGCUCGGAAUGCUCAGCACCCUGUCCACGUGCCUGGCCAUCGACGCCUACGGCCCCAUCAGCGACAACGCCGGCGGGAUCGCCGAGAUGACGGAGAUGGGUCCCGGCAUCCGCGAAAAGACGGACACUUUGGACUCCGCUGGGAACACCACGGCCGCCAUCGGCAAGGGCUUCGCGAUCGGCUCUGCUGCGCUGGUGUUGCUUGCUCUGUUCGGGGCGUACGUGAACCGCACGGGCAUCUCGGAGGUGAACGUCCUCGCGCCCAAGGAAUUCGUUGGCCUGAUCGUCGGGGCGAUGCUGCCGUACUGGUUCUCGGCCAUGACGAUGAAGAGCGUCGGGAAGGCGGCGCUGGCUAUGGUGGAGGAGGUGCGGCGGCAGUUCAACACCAUCGCGGGGCUGAUGGAGGGCACGGUGAAGCCGGACUACAAGAAGUGCGUCAUGAUCUCCACGGAUGCCUCCCUCAGGGAGAUGAUUGCGCCGGGAUGCUUGGUGAUGCUCAUGCCCAUCAUCGUCGGGUACCUGUUCGGAGUGUACACCCUGGCCGGCGCUCUGGCCGAUGCGCUGGUCUCCGGCGUGCAGAUGGCCAUCUCCGCGUCCAACACGGGUGGAGCAUGGGACAACGCAAAGAAGUACAUCGAGGCAGGGAACACGGAGCAGGGGUGCGCGCUGGGACCCAAGGGCUCCGCAUGCCACAAGGCGGCCGUCAUCGGAGACACGGUGGGCGAUCCCCUCAAGGACACGUCCGGACCAUCCCUCAACAUUCUCCUCAAGCUCAUGGCAGUCGAAUCCCUCGUAUUCGCGCCGUUCUUCAAGGAGCACGGCAGCGUUCUCUUCGGCAGAAGAAGUUAAAGUCGAAGUUGAAGAGAAAGACACACUC